AAGAAGACCAUUUUUAUUUAUAUUUUAAAGAAAUUGGGUGUUUUCAACAGCGGCUGGAUUGUUUUAGCUUCGGCUGCACACGUUGCUACUGAGAAGAGGGUGCCAGUAAUGCCAGGAUCCCCUGUGGAAGUAAAGAUACAGUCACGAUCUUCUCCGUCCAGCAUGCCGCCACUACCCCCUGUCAACUCCAGUGGUCCCCGUCCCGUCUCAUUUACCCCUGCAGCAUUGCCAAAUGGGAUGAAUCAUUCUCCUCCUACCUUGAAUGGAGCACCGUCACCACCUCAGAGGUUCAGCAAUGGGCCUUCCUCUUCUUCUUCAUCUACAUUGACCAAUCAGCAGCUCCCAGCUACCUGCGGGGCUCGUCAGCUCAGCAAAUUGAAGCGGUUUCUUACCACCCUCCAGCAGUUUGGCAAUGACAUUUCACCAGAGAUUGGGGAGAAGGUCAGGACCCUUGUUUUAGCGUUAGUGAAUUCCACAGUGACAAUAGAAGAGUUUCACUGCAAGCUUCAGGAGGCCACUAAUUUUCCUCUCCGCCCAUUUGUGAUUCCAUUCUUGAAGGCCAACCUUCCGCUUCUACAGAGGGAGCUGCUGCAUUGUGCUCGGGCAGCAAAACAAACCCCUUCCCAAUAUUUGGCCCAGCAUGAGCAUGUUUUGCUGAACACAAACACUGCAUCCCCUGCCGACUCGUCAGAGCUACUGAUGGAAGUGAAUGGAAACGGGAAGCGGCACAGUCCGGAUAGGAGAGAAGAAAACAACUUUGAGAGAGAUCCACUCCCCUCAGAGCCUCCUGCCAAGAGGGUGUGCACCAUCAGCCCAGCUCCUCGGCACAGUCCAGCGCUCAUGUUGCCCGUCAUCAAUCCAGCUGGGCAGUUUCACCCUACUCCACCUCCGCUCCAGCAUUACACCUUGGAAGACAUUGCAACGUCCCACUUGUACAGAGAGCCGAGCAAGAUGUUGGAGCACAGGGAAUUGCGAGACAGGCAUAGUAUAGGGUUAAAUGGAGGCUAUCAGGAUGAGCUUGUGGACCAUCGCUUAACAGAGAGAGAAUGGGCUGAUGAAUGGAAGCAUCUUGAUCAUGUAAGGAGCCUGAAUGCACAGCCUCCCGCCCCUCUUAACAUGGGCUGCACAGCAUUGAACUGCAUCAUGGAAAUGGUAGAGAAGACCAGACGCUCCAUGGCUGUCCUCCGUCGUUGCCAAGAGGCUGACAGGGAAGAGUUGAACUAUUGGAAGAGGCGGUGUAGUGAAACCACAGAGCCACGGAAAGGAGGGAGUGACUUAAUCGUGAGACAGCACAGCCCAGGGAGCUCAGAUUCAGUCAGCAGUGAUUCUCAACGGGAGUUUAGUAGCAGGUCAGGAGCAGCCGGUUAUGUCACUGAAGAGAUCUGGAAGAAAGCCGAAGAAGCUGUGAAUGAGGUGAAGCGCCAGGCCAUGUCUGAGGUCCAGAAAGCUGUUGCAGAGGCCGAGCAGAAGGCAUUUGAAAUGAUUGCAUCAGAGAGGGCCCGAAUGGAACAGACUAUUGCAGAUGCCAAGCGCCAAGCAACUGAGGAUGCUUUCCUAGUGAUCAAUGAGCAAGAGGAAUCUACAGAGAGCUGCUGGAACUGCGGUCGCAAAGCCAGUGAGACGUGCAGUGGAUGCAACAUUGCCCGCUAUUGUGGCUCCUUCUGCCAGCACAAGGAUUGGGAGAGACACCAUCGAAUCUGUGGGCAAGGCCUGCACAGCCAGGUGAAACCACUCCCCUUACCAGCAGGCCGAUCUGCAGCAGCCACCCUCAAAGCAGUCGAGGGGAUCCCAAGUCCAGCUCUAGAGAAAACUUCAGCUACCACCUCUCGAUCUUCCACUCCAGCUUCCGUGACAGCAAUAGACACUAAUGGACUCUAAAAGGGGAGAUUGCUGUCCAGCAUAUUUUGUUAGUUUUCUUAGUUUUAUACAUUAAUAAACAGUCCUCAAAACAGUUGUUGAACAUUUGUACUGCGGCACAUUGUCUCUCAAGAUAAUGCUUACGGGGCAUUUUUUUUCAUAUCCUUCUGAUUGGCUUGCUUUGAAGUCCAUGCUGGCCUUCCUUCCAGAAUGAUCUCCUGGGUCUUGGAAGCAGCAGAUUUCCUCAGAUCCCAAGAACUUCAGGUUCUUGUUUUAUCCACACUUUCUCAAGGAGGCACCUUCAUGUAACUGCUUUGAGAAUUGAUAUGAGAUUGCAACAAGGCUGUUCUCCAUGGCUGCUGCACUGCUGAGCUCUCAGCUUGGUGUUUUCUUUCCCCCAUGCUUCCCCCCCCCACACACACACACAGUGGCAUAGGGCAGGUGGACUGUGAUUGGAAACUGUAUCAAGGGAAACGAACUACAUGUUUUGCUUACUUCAUUCUCUUCUCCCGCCCCCAUCUAACAGUGUUGAUUCCUCCUCCCCUGUGGACAGAUUUUGGGAGGAGGAGGUGGCAGAAUGAUGCUAUUCUUGUUUACUAAAGGGAGGAUCUAAAACUUCUUCCUGGACAGUGUGAAUCAUGAUCAGUCUCACUUGGCCCAUUUUAAUCCUUGUAUAAAAUAGUCCAUCUAUACAUGUGUCUGUGGGCCUAAAUAGAUUGAGAGUUUUCAUGCAGCUGUUUGGCAGACCACCUUUUGUUGCUCUUUCCCCUAGUCAUCUGGUUUAUUUUGCUAUACUGAAGACAUUCCCCACCACCACACCACACCUUGUUGAUUCUAAAUAUAUUGUUUGAGGUUUAUCAGUUUAUAAAUUAACACAAACACACAUUGGUUGUUGUGGAUUAUCUGGGCUGUAUAGCCAUG